AUGCUGAUGGCUGUAAACAAGCAGCGCGCCACCAAGGGACUGUCGCCUCUGUGCUUGAACAAGAAGCUGCACGACGCCGCCAUGGGCCACUCACUCGACAUGGCCGCACAUGACUAUAUGGACCACGAAGGCUCCGAUGGCUCGAGAUUAUCGCAACGAAUCACGCAGGCUGGCUACGACUGGGAAGCAGUGGCGGAAAAUGUGGCGGCCGGCCAAGUGGACGUCGACGAAGUGAUGGAGGGCUGGAUCAAAUCUCCGGGUCACCUGGAAAACAUCAUGGGCGAUUACACGAUGUUCGGGUCCGCAUACGCGUUCAACAAAGAUGGAACAUACCAGCACUACUGGACGCAGAACUUCGGUUCAGGCGACGCCGAGGAGUGUGAUGGUUCUCCCACAAGCAGCUUGACCCCGUCGCCGCAGCAUGCAACUAAGAACGUGGACCAGGUGCAGGGUGAGGCUGAGGCUGUUGCUACGCCGGCCUCGACGACGGUGACUGUGGUUCCUGUCUCCGUAGUUCCGGUCACGAAGGCUUCGGUCGCUGUUGCUUCGACCGCAAAGGCUCCGGCCAAUGACGCUUCUGUCACGGAUACCUUGUUGUCGACUACCUCUGUCACCUCGAAGCCAGCAGUCGACAUUUUAAACGGCAAGGAUUGUGAGCCGCAGUUUAAAUAA